AUGACAAGCAAGAAGAAAGAAAUUCAGCUACAGACAGUAAUAACCAAUCAAAUGCAAUGGGAUGAGAUGUUGCUGAAUAAAGGUCUAACAGUGGUAGACGUUUAUCAAGGUUGGUGUGGACCUUGUAAAGCAGUGGUGAAUUUAUUCAGAAAACUUAAAAAUGAAUAUGGUGAAGAUAAUCUCCUACAUUUUGCAGUGGCGGAAGCUGAGAACAUUGUGCCUCUGCUCCCAUUUAAAGACAAAUGUGAACCUGCAUUUAUCUUCUGUGUGAAUGGCAUGAUGAUAGAUCUGGUGAAAGGUGCCAAUGGGCCUCUUCUAAACAGAAGAGUUAUAGAGAUCAUAGAACAAGAAAGAAAAAUUGUAGCAGGAGAAAUAUCCAGGCCAGAGGUGCAAGAGCUUGUAAUAAUAGAAGAAAAAGAAAUUGAGGAAGAACCCGAAGAAGAAGAAGUUGUUGAGGAGGAAAAAUACACUGUUGUUAUUAUAAAGCCUGAUGCAGUUGCUCUCGAAAAAGUUGACGAAAUUAAAGAAACAAUUGUGGGAGCUGGCUUUAAUAUCCUGGCAGAAGAGGAGAAGAUAUUAACUGAGGAACAAAUUAGGGACUUUUAUCAAAGCAAAUCGGAAGAGCCUGAUUUUGAAGACUUCAUUGCAUUUAUGCUGUCUGCACCAAGCCAUAUUCUGAUAGUAUCUGAAGGAAAGCAAGCACAGUAUGUUAUGCCUUAUUUACAAACAUUAGAAGAAGAGGGUGAAGAAGAGGAAGAGGAAGAAGAAGAGGAAGAAGAGGAGGAGGAGGAAGAAGAAGAAGAGUGGGAAAUGCAAGAGGGUGAAGAAGCUAUACCUAGAAUGCAGAAAAGACAUGAAAAACCAACAGGCUUGAAAGGAGCCUUGGAAAAUCGUGAGUUAGCAAAUUUAUGUGAUAUUCAGGACAGUGUGGAGGAAGCAAGUAGACAACUUGCCUUCUUUUUUCCUAAUUUUGCUAAAUCGAAGAAAGGCCCAGAUGUUGAAAGAACAUUGGCUUUGAUUAGACCUGCCCUUUUAAGAGAAAGAAGAGACUCUAUUCUGAAAAGGAUUGCAGAAGAUGGCUUUGAAAUAGCAAUGCAAAGGGAAAUAGUCCUAACGGAAGAUCAAGCACGCUUGUUUUACAAAGAGCAUGAAAAUGAAGAUUAUUUCCCAAUUCUCCUGGAAGAAAUGACCAGUGGGCCAACUCUUGCACUUGCUCUGGUACAAGAACAUGCAAUACAAAAAUGGAGAGGCUUGCUGGGUCCAAAGAUACUCGAAGAGGCAAAGGAGCAAUGCCCAAUGAGUUUACGUGCAGAAUUUUCUAUUGACACUGCGCCAAUCAAUCAGCUGCAUGGCAGCACAACUCCUGACCAAGCAGCAAGGGAAUUAGAAUUCUUUUUCCCUGUGGAAAACACUUUAGCUGUCAUUAAACCCACUGCUCUUGAGGAACAUAAAGAUGAAAUAAUAAACAAAGUAAAAGAGGCCGGAUUUAUCAUAUCUGAAAUGAAAGAAACACAGAUAACACCUGAGAUGGCAGCACAGUUUUAUAAAGCUCAAGAAGAUCAACCUUUUUUUGGUCAGCUUGUUGAGUAUAUGUCAAAUGGUCCAUCCAUGGUCAUGAUUCUCACCAAAGAAAAUGCUGUAGAAGACUGGCGAAAAUUAAUGGGGCCCACUGAUCCAGAGAAGGCAAAAGAAACUAAUCCGGAUUCAUUGCGGGCUCAGUUUGCAAAAGAUAUUCUGCGCAACGCUGUUCAUGGGUCAUCAAAUGAAGAACAUGCUGCAACAGCCAUUAAUUUUGUUUUUGGCGAUGUUGAUUUGGAGAGCUUGAAGCAGAAGUAUGUUUAUGUAUAA